AUGUCCAUGCAAUUCCUUUGCAGCAUGGCCUUCACGGCCAUCGCCGCUGGGGCGGUGCAGAUGGUGGCGGCGCCCGAUCCGUCGUGUCGUGAAACGGCAACUCAGCGACGUCGCCGCCAACGCGAGGCAUCAGUGCAGCACCGCUUCCAAGUGUACGAGGAUCGUCUGUCCAGCAACCGCAACGACCGACCCUACUACGAUGACCGCCGUAAAGACCGACCGUAUUACAACGACCGCCGCAACGCGGACUACUCGUUAUCUGGCCGUGGUGGUCCAGGCGGCGGCCGUCCCCGGUCUCCUUCGCGUCAAAAUGACCGCGGCCACCGCCCACACUCGCCCGCCAAUACAAAUGACCGCAGCCAAGUGCAACCUCGAAACGCCGCAUGGGGUCUAUCACCACCAUCAACCCGCAACGGUGGAUGGGACAUGCCUAUCAUUGUGGAAGAUGCCAACGCACUUGAAGAUGCGACAUCUGCUGCGUCGCCCGAAGCCGGUGCCGUGCCCGCGCCGUCUCAAAUAGCCGAAGUGGAUGCCGUCCCUACGCCGGAGGAAGUCGCGCAAGUUGUUGCACCGCCGACGAUCUUGUCGUUGCGCCGCUCGAAGGAGGAAACAAGAUCAUGA